UCUAUCAGAAGUGUCAUCGCGCGGGAUGAGGUCCGCAGCACCGACGGAAAUGCAGAAUCUGGAGAAUCCAGUGCCGGACGUAACGUUCUCGGACAUAACGUAUUCCGUCCCUUAUUCUAGUUUCAACGUUUUUGAUAGGAAAAAAAAAGAAAUCCUUCAUGGGGUCAGUGGGCAUUUCAAGGCAGGAGAGUUUUCUGCUAUAAUGGGCCCCUCUGGCUCUGGGAAAUCAACAUUAUUAGAUAUAAUUGCUGGAUACAGAAAACAUGGCUACACUGGCCAAGUGAUGAUAAAUGAGUGUGAGAUUAAAGUUAGUUCAGAAAAUUCCUGUUACAUAAUGCAGGAGGACAACCUUCACCCUCUUCUGUCCGUCAGAGAGAUUAUGAAUUUAUCAGCCAAUUUAAAACUUGGACAUCCUUACACAAAAAAAUUAAAAAACAUAAGGGUUUGUAAAAUUUUAGAUGCACUUGGUCUUGUGGGAUCAGUGAAUACAAUGACUGGGAAAUUAUCAGGAGGCCAAAGAAAGCGACUUGCUAUUGCUUUAGAAUUGCUAGAUAACCCUCCAAUUCUUUAUUUUGAUGAACCCACCAGCGGCUUAGACAGUAGUUCGACAAAGCAGUGUAUAUCACUGUUAAAAAAGCUUGCCAGGGAUGGAAGGAUUGUUGUAUGCACCCUACACCAACCUUCUGCGGUAAUUUUUGAAAUGGUGGAUUACCUUUACUGUCUAGCUGGUGGUUGGUGCUGUUAUUCAGGGAGCCCUUCAAUUAUGACAAAUUUCCUUUCACUUACAGGACUUCAUUGUCCAGCAUAUCAUAAUCCUGCAGAUUUUUUGAUGGAAGUCAUUGGAGGUGAAUAUGGAAAUCAUGGUGAAUUUUUGACUGAAUGCUCAAAAAAUGGGAAGAGCUAUGCAUGGAGAAAAACAUUAAUAGACACAUCUUCAGUGUACUAUUCUAGUCAAGAAAGUGAAUGUAAAAAUUUUUCUUUAUCUCCAAUUUUUGUUUCUAACUCUAAAAAAGAUAUGAUAGUGGCAAAACAUGAGAAAUCAAGAAAGUUUAAUGCACCAUUUUGUGAUCAAGUUUUACUUUUGGUUCAUAGAAUAUUUUUAACUUUAAUGAGAGACAAGUUUCAUAUAUUGUGCAGAUUGCUGACACACCUGUUUAUUGGGGUUUUAAUUGGAAUCUUUUAUUUUAAUAUAGGCAAUGAUGCAGGAAGGGUUUUUAAUAAUUUUAGCCUGCUGUUUUUUAGUGCUAUUUUUUUGGCAUUUGCUGCUCUUCAGUCAAUGAUAAUAUCAUUCCCACAAGAAGUUCCUAUAAUCAGGAGAGAGCAUUUUAAUAGUUGGUAUUCUGUAAAAGCAUAUUAUUUAGCUAAUACACUAGCAGACUUUCCCAUUCAGGUUAGCUCUGCAAUGGUUUAUUGCACAAUUGUUUAUUGGAUGUCUGCACAACCUGGAGAAUGGUAUAGGUUCUUCUUAUUUUUGUUCAUGUGUACAAUGGUGUCUCUGUUAGCACAAAGCAUCGGAUAUCUACUUGGCUCAUCGAUGAGAGUGAUAAAUGGUGUUGUUUUUGGGCCUUUGUCAAUUAUGCCAGCAGUAAUGAUGUCUGGAUACUUCAUACAAAUGAGGGACUCACCAAUGUGGUCAAGGCCAUUUUUUAAAUUAUCUUAUAUUAGGCAUUGCCUUGAAGGUCUGGUUGUUGCGAUAUAUGGCUAUUCGAGAACUAAUUUGCCCUGUGUCUCUGAAGACUAUUGUCAUUACGUUACGCCAAAAAAAUUUCUCAAAGAAUUGGAUAUGACUGAAGAUUAUAUGACAAACUCAUUGAUGAUUGUGUUUAUGUUCGUGGUUGUAAAAAUCAUAACUUAUUUUGUUCUACUGUACCAAAUAAGGAACAAAAGAUAAUAUUAAUUAUGAAUAGUCGACAAUUUUUCAAUUAAUUCUUAUUAUGUAGCUUUAUUCAUUUAUAUUUAUUUGGUAAUUAAUUUUUUUGUACUUUUGAAUGUCUUUUUCUUUAAAGAAUUUGUUUAACCUUCAAUUAGAGUUCACAAAUUUUUAAAUGAUUUUUUUCAUGAACUGGAAAAAAGUGAAACAAAAACAUUUUUAAAGCCUAAGAAUAAAUCUAGAAUCCAUUAAUUUUUAAUUCUUUCCCAAAAGACAUGCUUUGUAUAUCGCAAAAAUCGCGGAACACAGAGUUGAUUAAUUUAUAAUUUAUAUGUAAUACUUGGUCAUAAAUAUUGUGAAAUUUUAAUAUACAAGUACAAA